GGAGAGCUGGAGAGGAGUGCAGGCCCCCACGAGAGCAACCCCACUCUCACUCCAAUCUAGCCCUUCAAUUCCACGCCUCCACUAGAUCCAGGCUUGAACUCGUCGGCAGCGCUGGUCGCUCAAUUGUGCAUCGAACCGCUCCGCCCGUUCACGGUCUCCGGGCGCGAAGAAGCGCUUCUGAUUAGUCGACAGCGAGAGCGAAGAAAAUGGCGGGGGAGGGACAGAAUGGCCAAGAGCAGGAGGCGCGGCGAGAGGAUGGGGAAAGUGUGGCGCCACCGCCGACGACGGUGGCAAGCGAGCCAGAAGAAGUGGGCGGAGUGAGAGGAUUCAUCAUCACGGGCAACUACGGCAUGAUGCCGCUGACGGCGCCCAUUUCGGACGAGCACCUGCAGGUGGUGACGCGCCAGUACGCCAUCAAGGGAGUGCUGUUCCUCAUAGUGGGCAUAAUCGCAAUCGUGUUUCCCUUCGUGUUCGGGCUGGCAAUCGAGCAGUUGCUGGCAUGGCUGCUGGUGCUGGGCGGAGGCGUGAUGCUGGUCCAGUUCCUCAUGCUCUGCGGCUCGCCCGGCACCACGUCGUUCGUGCUUCUGGGCGCGCUGCAUUUCUGCGUAGGGCUGUGGCUGCUCCUGAAACCCCGAGAAGGGCUCACCGCGCUGACAUUCGUUCUGAGCGGGUGGUUUCUAGCUCACGGCUUUCUCAAGGUGAUCAUGUCGUGGCAGGUGCGCCAUAUGAGGUCCUGGCCGGCCGUGUUGAUUAGUGGCCUGCUGUCCAUAAUUCUGGGAAUGAUGAUCGUCUUCCUCACUCCGACCUAUGGCUUGAAGCUCGUGGGAAUCAUCUUCGGGGCCGAUUUGACCGCCACUGGUGUUUCCGUGCUCGUUAUUUCCUUCAUUGCCUGCCUUCACCGGGGUCGUGCCUCGGCCGAUGUGGAGGCCGGAAGCACCCGUGAGCCUCUUCUUCACCAAGGAAGCAUCAGAACUCCCCCAGCCCCAGCUCCAGCUCCAGCUCCAGCUCCAGCUCCUGCUCCUGCUCCUGAAGCAUAGACCGUAGAAUCAUGAGUGGAAUGCUGUCGAUCGUUGUGUCGAGUUAGUGACCCUCUUCUAGUCCUUGUAUGCUGCGCUACGUCUUGUGAAUAGAACCGAUUUGUAGGACUAGGAAAGCUCAAACGCCUUCUUACCCUCUUUCUCAGUCAGCUGUAAAAACUUGUGCUCAUAUAUGUUCAUAGCCGUGUUCGUGUUCGUGUUCGAGUUCGAGUUCUCGUUCGCGCAUCGUCGCAUGCUCGCGACAUUUUGUUGC